AACAGAGAUUGAAAUUAUUAUUUAAAUUGCUGCAAGUGGAAAAUAAAAUUCUGAUUAUCUACCAGAAUGGAGAGCCCCGAUCAGAAUCCCUAUGCAUCGCUGCUGCCACACAUUGUGGACAUGUUGCACGGCAAGCCACGGCAGAGCAUCCUUCCACUUGCAGGCGCCACUUUGGAUCAAGUGUGCGCUGGUGUCGAAUCGUUGGCUCAGCUGAAUGAAGCCCUGAUGCAGCACAUCAGUUGCUUUGACAGCCUCCAGGCCGCUGUGCAGUUUGGCAUCGGGUUGGGCGUGAGUAUGGGAAUCUUGACAAACUCAAAGGACACUCUGCGCCUUGGGUCCAAGCUGCAUGUGCGCAGCACUGACAAUCAGCAGUCUACACUCGGCGUUGAGGUUGAGCACAAGGAUCUUCGGACCAGGGUCCACAAAUUUGAGGAACCUCUGCACAACGAGCUGCUGCAGGAGCUGAUGUUCAGCGAUGAGGCUGGUCGGCAGGCUUACAGCGUCGAUGGGCCCCUCAUCCCAGGCCGUACACUCCGAUCGGCCAUGAAGCGUGUGCCUGGAGCGGAAACAAACCAAUCAACCGCCGAUGAUGUUUAAGCCCCAAAAAAAUGAUUAUUUAUUUGUGCGCUAUAAUUUGGAAUUCAAGGCUCAAUUAAUGCUUCAGACUUUGACGUUAACUCCAUUAUU